AUGGCACCCGAGGCCCACGUGGGAAAUGGAGCCUGGCCACAGGAUGACGACACCAGAACGGAGACCAAUAUAGACUAUGCUGGGGCCGCAACCCUGAGCCGCGUGUGCGCAAGCCUCCCCUCUCACUCAGUUUCAUAUAUGAAACCGGGUCAAGGGAUAGGUGUAUGUGACACGGCAAGGAAUGCUGGGAAGUGGAGUCCGCCCUACUCCGUCGCUUUUCACUCCGGAGAUGGCUGCGGCCCGGGAGCGAGGCGCGGACUCGCUCCUUGGACUGUGACUGGUGUCUUUAUUGGAAGCCGGUUUCCUCCGCUUCCACCACCGCCAGACGGAAAGGAGAGCCACCCUCGGUGUGCCUUGAGGACAAGGGCUGCCUUUGCCCUCCUUCCUUCGGGAUCCUUUCAGCACCUAGGACAGCGCCUGGCACGUGCGGAGUGGGCAGAGGCGGCCAGACUCGAGAUUCAGCUAAUAAUCCCGUGUUCGUGUCUUUACUCGGGGUAUUGCUGUGCAUCAGGACUCUGGAAGAGGGAGGGAGGCAGGCGGCUUUGUGAAACUGCCUCCCUUCCGUCCAGCCGUGGGCAAGUGAAGAUGCGGCCGAAAACGAAGGCCGAGCGAGGCACCUGCUGCGUGCCGGUCAUCAGGGAUGCAAGGAUGGACAAGUGGAACAGCCCACAUUCUGAGGGGGGUAGCCUGCGGGCACAGCUGGAGUCACAUCUGGGCAGCAGGCGUUUAUUAAGCGCCGACUUCGUCCCAGGCAACGUGCUAAGUGCUGGGAAUUCAAGACAGGCCUGCCCUCGAGGAGCUCCCAAUCUAAUGGGGGAGACAACAUGCACACAACCAUGUGUAUAUUAGUACAUUCCACUACUGUGAAGUAGCCGAGCUCUGGGACUCGAGUCAGGAAGACCUGAGCUCAAAUCCGGCCUCAGACACUUCUUGGCCGCUUGUAUGUGUGGGUCACUUUGGCCAAGUCGCUUCACCUCUGUGUACCUCAGUUUCCUGAACUGUAAAAUGGGAAUAAUCACAACACCCAUUUCCCAGAUUGGCUGUGAGAGUCAAAUGAGAUAAUGUUUGUAAACCGUUUGGCACUACACAAAUGCUAGCUAUUAUUAUUUAUAAAGCAGCUCUAUACAGCUGAUAGCAUAGUUGGUGAUAAUCGAUGGAGGGAAAGCAUUAGCAUUAAGGGGGAAUCAGGAAAGGCUAAGGGCAGCUAGGGGGCUCAGUG